AUGCGGCUGCAAGGGAUGUGUGGGAAAAGGGAGAGCGGCAGCCAGGGACAAGUGGCCUUCCAGUGCCAGCUCCUUCAGUCAUCCUUGGGACGCCCAUCCUCCCCACAACUUCCCUGGCUACGCGAUGAGCUGAUGUCACUCCAAGAUGCUCCAGGGGGUCUUUUCCAGAUGCUCCCUGGAGACCCAUUCCCUGAACAGGUGACGGUAGUGUGGUUAUCAGUGCUGGCCCUCGCCUUCUCCUUGGUUUGUGAACCCCAAGAGACUCUGUCGUUGGCUGAGAUGACCCUGCGGCGCCUGGCUCCCCGCCUGCUCCUCUCCCUGCGCCUCCUCGGCCCCGGCAUUGACAUCCUGCUCUGUCCUGAUGCUACUGAUGGCCUCCUGGACCAUCUCCUGCCCCAUGGGCAUAUGCUUUUUCUCAACGAACAUUUCCUCCAGGCAAUGGACCGAGAGCUGGGUAUCAAAGCAUCCCGCUGA